GUCAUAGUGUCAACGUUGUUCUAUCACCAAUUUUGGAUUUAUUUGAAUGUUUCGUGCAACACCAAUCUCUCGAUGUUAACCUGAUGAGUAAUGAUUAAGUCAGACAAGAGGCGGUGCAGCAAGCUUUGGCUCAAGCGAUGCAGAACAGACACAAACCUUCAAUGCCGAUGCCAUCGAAGAGAACGUCUGUGAUGGCGAGAAGUCCUGAUAGGGAUAGGCAUGACUCCGCCGAAUCCUCAUCCGACGAAGACAGCCUGGCGACUGAAGACCCGUUGGUGGGAGGAGCGCCGGAAGGCGGGGGCGGUACCCCGGAUCGACCCUCCCGCCACGGAGGCGGCGCCUUCCCCCCUCCACCACCCUCGGACACCAGCAGCGCAGGAUCGCCGCCGCCCCCUCUGCCGGCCGCCCAUCGGCCGCAAAGGACGCAAAGGGAACAUUGGACCAGGGAGGGGAUCACCGAUAUAUCGCACAACUACAGACCAUAUUCGCAACCUCCCGACGUAACCCACACCACAUCGACGCCAUCUAUGAGCGUCGGGCUGCGACCGUCGGCCGUAUUAAAUCAACGACCCGCCGCAGCAGAUCGCGUAAAUAGGUACGGCGGCGGCGGUACGGGGGAUACGGGAGACGGAAGCAGUACCGGCGGUACCGGAAGAUGGAAGGUGUCCGCGAAGAUCCAACAGUUGCUCAAUACGCUCAAGAGGCCGAAGAGGAGACCGUUGCCGGAAUUCUAUGAGGAUGACGACAUUGAGCUGGAGAUCGCGGCGAAUCCGAAGGACCCCAAUGCGCCGAAACCAGAAGGUAGUUGUAUGAGUCCAGCCGUAGGAGAACAAUUAGUGAUUCCCUCAGGACUACCUAGGAGUCUUGAAGCAGCUAUUACUAGAUACGGAAAUGCCACGUUUAAGGCUUCAGUCGCCACGGUGCUAGAUCCAAAUGGAAAAUUAUCAACUACAUUAACAUACGGUAAAUUAUUAAGUAGAUCGCACAAAAUAGCGUACGCACUGCUAACGAAGUCGUUCAGUAAAAACGGCGACACUAGUUUAAAAUCAGGUGAUAGAGUGGCUCUAGUCUACCCCAACAACGAUCCAAUCAAUUUUCUGUGUGCUUUCUACGGAUGCUUGCAAGCUGGAAUUGUCCCCGUUCCUAUAGAGGUUCCGAUAACAAGGCGAGAUGCAGGUUCUCUCCAAAUAGGUUUUCUAUUAGGCAGUUGUGCUGUGCAAGUGGCUUUAACAUCGGAGGCUUGUCUUAAAGGUUUACCUAAAACGACAUCCGGCGAAGUGAUACAAUUCAAAGGGUGGCCGAAACUGACUUGGUUCGUUACGGAACAUCUUGCGAAAACGCCCAAAGAUUGGCUACCUACACCAAGACUGACAGACGAGACGCCAGCAUACAUAGAAUACAGCACGGAUCGCGAUGGUUCCGUGAUGGGUGUGACCAUAACCAGAGCUGCCAUGGUGCAGCAUUGUAGGAUGCUGACGAUGGCGUGCAACUAUACGGAAGGCGAGAAUAUGGUCUGCGUUCUAGACUUCAAACGAGAGGUGGGCCUGUGGCACUCGGUCCUCACCAGCGUGCUGAACGGCAUGCACGUCAUCUACAUUCCUUACGCUCUGAUGAAAGUGAACCCGGCCAGCUGGAUGCAAAUGAUCACAAAGCAUCGCGCAUGCGUGGCCGUGGUCAAAUCCAGGGACCUACAUUGGGGACUAUUAGCCACGAAGGACCACAAGGACGUCAACUUGGGCUCGCUCAGGAUGCUUUUGGUGGCGGACGGUGCGAAUCCGUGGUCGUUGUCCUCCUGUGAUCAAUUCUUAUCAGUAUUCCAGUCUAAGGGUCUCCGGGCAGAUGCGAUAUGCCCAUGUGCCAGUAGUAGUGAAGUAAUGACGGUAUCUGUGCGAAGACCGGGUAGGGGCGGUGUAAACGCGACAGGCAGGGGCGUACUGUCGAUGCAAGGGCUCAGUUAUGGGGUAGUUAGAGUGGAUCAAGAGAACAGCCUCACGUCGCUUACGUUGCAAGAUUGCGGACAAGUUAUGCCAGGAUGUGUGAUAGUAGUUGUAAAAAUGGAAGGCCCAGCGUACCUGUGCAAAACGGACGAAGUGGGCGAGAUCUGUGUAAAUUCAGGGGCGACAGGCACCCAAUAUUGGGGCCUACAGGGCCUAAGUAACACCACCUUCCACGUUCAACCUUUAGGGUCGGACGGCAAACCUAUCUCAGACGCCGAAUAUACGCGGUCUGGCCUCUUAGGAUUUCUAGGACCUGGAGGCUUGGUGUUCGUAUGCGGUUCCAGGGAUGGACUGAUGACGGUAACCGGAAGGAAGCACAACGCGGAUGACAUCAUCGCUACAGUGUUAGCGGUGGAGCCGAUGAAGUUCAUUUAUAGAGGAAGGAUAGCAGUGUUUUGUAUAAAAGUACUCAGGGACGAAAGGAUAUGCGUGAUUGCCGAGCAGAGGCCUGAUUGUAGUGAAGAAGAGUCAUUCCAAUGGAUGUCGCGCGUGUUGCAAGCCGUCGACAGCAUCCACCAAGUGGGCAUCUAUUGUCUGGCGCUGGUGCCCCCUAACUACCUGCCGAAGACCCCCUUAGGGGGCAUUCAUCUGUCAGAAACGAAACGACGCUUCCUGGAAGGCACCUUGCAUCCCGCCAACGUGCUUAUGUGCCCCCAUACGUGUGUGACGAACUUGCCCAAACCCCGAGAGGUGCAUUCUGACGUGGGCCCGGCGUCUGUCAUCGUAGGAAAUUUGGUGCAAGGCAACCGGUUGGCCAGCGCGCAAGGCCGGGAAAUAGGCGGAUUGAUGGAAGAAGGAGCCGGUGAUGGAGACUCGUCCAAAAAGCAACAGUUCAUCGCCGAAAUCCUCCGCUGGCGCGCCCAAGGUACCUCAGACCACGUCCUCUUCACGCUUCUGAACAGCAAGGGCGCGGUGGCCAAGGCUCUAACCUGCUCGGAGCUCCACAAAAGGGCUGAACGCAUCGGCAGCCUUCUAGUGGAAAAAGGCAGAGUUAAUACCGGUGAUCACGUGGCGCUGAUCUUCCCUCCCGGGUUGGAUCUGGUGUGCGCUUUUUACGGAUGUUUGUAUGUAGGCGUGGUGCCCGUCACUAUCAGGCCUCCGCAUCCGCAAAAUUUGCAAACCACGCUGCCGACUGUUAGGAUGAUAGUGGAUGUUUCGAAAUCCGUACUGGUGCUUUCAACGCAGGCUGUGAUCAAGCUUCUUCGUUCUAAAGAGGCUAGUAAUGUAGUUGAUAUUAAAUCAUGGCCACUCAUAUUGGACACUGACGACAUGCCCAAGAAAAACUGCCCAUGGCAUACAGGGCACCGACGGCAGAGAUGUUGGCCUACCUAGACUUCAGCGUUUCUACCACCGGCAUGUUAGCUGGCAUCAAAAUGUCUCAUGCAGCUGUGACGAAUCUUUGUAAAAGUAUGAAGCUAGCCUGUGAAUUAUACCCUAGCAGGCACAUAGCGCUGUGCUUGGAUCCGUACUGCGGACUUGGGUUUGCUUUAUGGUGUUUAAGCAGCAUAUACUCAGGCCACCACUCGAUAUUAAUACCCCCUUCGGAGGUCGAAGUCAACCCGGGUCUUUGGCUGAGCGCCGUGAGCCAAUACAAAGUCCGUGACACGUUCUGCUCGUACGGGGUGAUGGAACUGUGCACCAAGGGCCUGGGUUCUUCUGUCAACCAGCUGAAAUCACGCGGUAUCAACCUGGCUUGCGUCAGGACUUGUGUCGUUGUGGCAGAGGAAAGGCCAAGAAUCAACCUCACCACGAGUUUCUCGAAGUUGUUCAGCGCGAUAGGGCUCAGUCCUAGAGCGGUGUCGACGUCGUUCGGAUGCAGGGUCAACGUUGCUAUAUGUUUACAGGGGGCCUCAAGUCCUGAGCCCUCGUCGGUCUACGUAGACCUCCGAGCGCUGAGAAACGACCGGGUGAGUCUUGUAGAACGGGGCAGUCCUCACAGUCUGUGCCUGAUGGAAAGCGGAAAACUCCUUCCUGGCGUAAAAGUGAUCAUCGCAAAUCCCGAGACGAAAGGGCAGUGUGGGGAUUCCCACUUGGGAGAAAUCUGGGUGCAGAGUGGACAUAAUGCUAGCGGGUACUUCACUAUCUACGGGGACGAGAGCGAGUAUGGGGAUCAUUUCAAUGCCAGAUUGGUCACAGGCAACACGGGCGAAGUGUACGCGCGCACCGGCUACCUAGGCUUCCUGCGCCGUCUCGACGACUCUGGCCCCGAACGCGGCACGGGAGCCGGUCCACUCACCGCUGACGAAACGAUCCUCGUACCGUCACGUGACAGCGACGCGGAGUCGAUUGGCUCGGCGCAUCACGUGGCCGCUCUGCCGGCCACGCAAAGCGGAGCGGCGGGAGACGGCGGCCCGCCCGAGCUGCACGACGCCGUGUUCGUCGUUGGCGCGCUCGACGAGACUAUCGUGUUGAGGGGAAUGCGGUAUCAUCCAAUCGACAUCGAGAACAGUGUGUUGAGGUGUCACAAGAAGAUCGCCGAGUGUGCCGUAUUCACGUGGACCAACCUGCUGGUGGUAGUCGUAGAGCUCGACGGCAACGAGAGCGAAGCGUUAGAUCUCGUCCCCUUAGUAACGAACACGGUACUAGAAGAGCACCACCUGAUCGUAGGAGUGGUAGUAGUGGUGGACCCAGGGGUGGUACCGAUCAAUUCCAGAGGCGAAAAACAACGGAUGCACCUCAGGGACGGAUUCUUAGCUGACCAGUUAGACCCCAUCUACGUCGCGUACAAUAUGUAACGUAGACCAAACGGGAUGGUUAAGAGACGUGGUGUUGGAACUGAUAUGGUUGCGAGAAGUAUGUAACGCAGAGGAUAGGGCAGAAUUUGUGGAUGAUCUUACGGUUUCGUAUAGCAGGCAAGGCUCUAUAUCUAAGCGACCCUUAGCAGUUGAGUGGCGACCUUAAAUAAGCAUCUCAGUCGUUUCUUGAGGCCUCCUUGUUUUUUGCGUCCUAUACGAAAUUUUGCACUUAUUCUAAUAAACGAUUUGAAAACCGAGCAUUCUUGUGGGAAAUUUUCCAACAUGAUUUUAUUUCUAAAAUCGCAUUUGUUGGAUGCCUUUUAACGUUUUUUUGACUCUGAAUAAAAAAGGUCCUUUGUCACCCCCUCUAAAGUUAGCCUUCGAAUUACAGGAGAUUAAUUAAUUGUCAAAACAAAGUUCAAACCCUCCUCUCCAACACCUCGAAGAGUAUUUUUCGCUCGGUUUAUUUUGAAGCAUUGUUUUAACUGUUACUAAUGCUUCAAGGACCACGAGCAUGAUACGGCAAAUUAUUGAAGAUUGAUCAGAAUGAUAAAGAAAAAACGUUUCUGGAGCGAAAAUAAAUGUUUUUGUAAUGUUAAAAAUGAUGAAUAAAAAUAUAGUUGGAAAAUUUGUCACGAGAAUGGUUGAUGAACAGAAACGACCAGAUCUAAAAAAUAUUACAAUUCUUACGCACUGAUAUGAUAUUGAUAAGGGCUAGACGAAACCUUGUUAUUGUGGCUUUUAUAUAACGAUUUUUAAUGACAAAAUUUUAGGUUGAAAAAUGCAGACGCAAAAGAAGUAGAUUUUUUAACCGACGUUUUGAUAUUCGUUUUUUUUGUUGUUGAAUUUUUUUUAAACAAGAACGGACUCAAUCUACUUUGAAAUGCAAAAAAAAAAAUAAUGGAGAAUCCUCAAUUCGUCUUGUGUCAUAUUAUUUUCAGUUAUUUUAAGAUUUUGGAUAUUUCCGUUUGAUUUUUUCUAGAAACGACUCUUUUUAGAAAAAUAUUCUUAUCACAAAAAUAAUAAACAUAUAUUUGACUAUUUCUUAAUCAAUUUUUAUAUGAAACCUCAAUGAAUGCGUACAUAAUAUAAAUCAAAGCAGAGAUCUCAUGAAAAUCUGUGGUUUCAAAAAUAUAAAAAUUUAACCAAGUUGCAUCUCAAUUACUAAUUUAACGAAAAAUGAGGCAACUCUCGGAAAACCAAUUUGAUUUCUUUCAAAUUAUGCUCAAGAAAAAAAAAAUGUAUAUAUGAACAAUCAUAUGUGAGUAGAUUAGCAAUAUUACAUUCUCAGUUGUUUCCAAAAUUGAUAUUAGUCAAAAAAUUAUUUACAGGGACCAAUAACUUUCUACGGGGAGACUGGUUCGUAAACUAAAAAUCAUGUACAAGGGCUUCUUGAACGUUCGUAUCUAAAAUGUGGUGUUCAAUUAUGACAAAUUUCCUUGGAUCGCACAUUUUCCUUGAAAAUGUCAGAACGACAGAAACAACAGAAAAAAAUCAAGCUACUCUUUAUACUGAAUACACAACUACAGUUGUACUAUAUAGGACAACUAUAGUUGUUUGAUGUAAGUCUAGAUUUGGCUCAAUCGUUGGUGUAAUUGAUGUAAAGGCCUAAUACGGCUAUUUGUUCAUUUCGACUUGCUUCUGAGAUAUAGUGCAACGUAAUUUCCAUCUUAUUUUAGUUUUAUACCGAGUCGACUAUUAUUUUCUCAAUUUACGAUGUUUGUAGGGUAUACUUCUUUGCCAUAAUAUCACCUUAAACUUCGUGAUCAUGAGUAGGAGCAAGUGUAACCUCUUUAAUAGUCACACAGAUUGAAAUGAAGUAGCUUUCUCUUGAGACCUCGUAUUUGUGAAUUGGUGACGUUUCCGUAAAUUUUUGACAACAAUAGGGCUGCUAUACAUAAUUUUCAAAAUGUAUUUUGACGCAGGCUCUAUAUGACAUUUUAAUAACGUUCUUUUAUGACGUUUUUGAAACCCCCAAAAAAAUCACAGAGAAAACUUUUUGUAACUUUUACUAUAUGUUUUACUUUUGAAAUACGCGCAAAAAAACUGAAAAUUGUUUUGGAGACUGAACAUUUUGGUGUUUCUCCCCAGCUCGUUUUGGGAUGAACCAUUAUAAAGAAAGUAAUCAACAAAAUUCAAAGCAUAUAACUUGGAAGUUCUUGAUAUUCUGUAUGAUUGCUUAUUUUGACUUGCUAUAAGUUUUUUGGGAGUUUCACAGACUCUGAAUAACAGUACUCUAGUCUCAUUUAAAUGAAUAUAUAUUGGGCUGCUAAGUAUUUUUAUUUGUGAAGGUUGUGUUUCGCCCUUAGUGUUUAAAAUGUCUUAGUUAAUUUUUAUCUCAUGUUUUAUACAGUUGAAUUUUUAAAUUAUAUUCUGUGUAUUUAUGAAAACGUUCUGACGCGGUCAUUCUUCAGUAAAUCUUCGCCGUAAUAUUUUUUGUAAAUACCUAGUAUUUUAUUUGUUAUAAGCAUCAGUCCUUUUUCACACGUUAUUCUCAUCACGCCGAAUGCUUACAAAGUGUUACAUAGCAUAAUGGUAAUUCGUGUAGAGCCCCUUUUAUGUAUUUUGUAGUGAAACAGGACUAAGUGCACAAAAUUCUGUUUAUAUACAGAGUAUGACAAUAGCUUAAUUUUGUUGUACAUAUAAUGUAGCGUAUUAAACCUAGUAACUACACAUUUGAAUAUUCUUUUUUCUUAGUGAUGUAAAAGAAUAACUACGUAAAUUGUGGACACAGUUGCAAAUGAAUAAAUGUAUCUUUAUAA